CCGAAGGGGGACGCUGAAGCGACCAACGCGCGCAUUUAGAGCAUUGCCAGGCUGUCUUGAUUUGCUCACCGCUAAUUAAUUGUUCCAUCAUUGAUCCCCAGCAUGAAGGAAAGACGCCUCCCGCAGCCCUUUGUAGCGCGCUGCAAAUUAGUGCUGGUUGGUGAUGUCCAAUGCGGUAAAACGGCCAUGCUUCAAGUCCUGGCCAAGGACUGCUACCCGGAGACCUAUGUCCCGACUGUGUUUGAGAACUACACCGCUUCUAUGGAGCUUGACGGCCAACGUGUUGAGCUCAGUCUUUGGGAUACAUCAGGUUCCCCAUACUACAACAAUGUUAGACCCCUCUGCUACAGUGACUCAGAUGCGGUGCUCUUAUGCUUUGACAUCAGCAGACCAGACACAGUAGACAAUGCGCUGAAGAAGUGGAAAGCAGAGAUACAGGACUUUUGCCCCUGCACACGGAUCCUGCUAAUAGGCUGCAAGACAGACCUGCGCACAGAUGUGUGCACGCGCAUGGAGCUGUCCAAUCAGAAACAGACACCAAUAUCCCAUGAGCAGGGUUGUUCCUGGGCUAAGCAGCUCGGAGCUGAGGCAUACCUGGAGUGCUCAGCCUUCACGUCAGAGAAGAGCAUCCACAGUGUUUUCCGUGCAGCGGCCAUGGCCUGCAUGAACAAACUCCAGCCGACCGACAAGCCCAGCCCGGUCCGCCGCCUCUCCAAGAGACUCCUACACCUGCCCAGCAAGACAGAGCUCAUCUCCUCCACUUUCAACAAGGAGAAGUCAAAGAGUUGCACCAUCAUGUGAACGCACAGUGGACACACCCCAGGACAAGUAAACGACUGAUGGUUCAGCAGAGCGAUGUGGAUUUUUAAUAGACUAGAUACUCUUCACCCCAAAUCACUUGUCCUGAUAUACACCCAUUAUUGGCCGCUGUGACAGAUCAACAAGCCUGACUCCUCGCAAGGUUGAUGUAAUGGAGGUCAUCCAAGAUCUAAGUGGAUAGGGUGAAUGCUGCAUUUUAACACAUUACCUUAAUUAUCACCCAUUUAAAAUUCGAAGCAGUGCCAUGGCUAUCCAUCUGUCUGGAAGGCAUCGAUAUCAACUCAUUGGACACUUUAUUAGGUACACCUGCACAUCUUGUGAGUAUGUAGCAAAAAUCAGACACACUGAUUACCGUUGUUCACUUCUUGCAUGCCUGCGUGUGUGUGUGAUUUCGUUCUGUGUUGUAUGCUUAAAAUGUUAUAUAUAUGCAGCAGAGUGUCAAUUUAAACUCCCAUUGAGGGAUUAUAAUGAGUAUAAUUUAAAAGUAAAUGGAUUUAGUCAAUGUUCAUUAGACAUACAGUAUACUGUAGUUUAGUUGUUUACUAAUACAACCACACAUGAUAUAUUCCUGAAUGAAUAAUUCAGUCAAAGUCUAUCAACAUGACCUAAUAAUAACUUAUUUUGUCAAUAUUGUACUGGAGUUAAAAUUGUGCAGGUGUACCUAAUAUGUGAUUUACAAAGGUUAAAUGUGUAUUAGCGGUACUAUUGUUUUGCCUCGCUGUUGUCAUUUUGUGAAUGGCACUGAGGCUCACAAUAAACCAUAGUGUGAAACCCCCCCUAAAACAGCAGUCCUUAAAGGAUUGAUUCCCUCGCUGCCCCCUUUGCUGUUUUUCAUUUGGAUUAAAGCUGACAGUGGAGAAAGUAGCAACAAGGGUAGCGGUUUGGCAAGAAGAGCGUUGGUUUGCAAAGUCAGUGGGAGGAUGAACUCAAGGGAUGAGAUGUGACUCAGCACUCAUGUGAGCCUUACAGUGUAGAGGCGCAUUAACUUUAAGCCUUGAUUUUAGUGCUGAACGUGAGCACAUCAUCUCAAGACGCCUGCAAUCCAUAUCCCAGCAACAUUCCUUUAUGCGCAAUUUUAGUUCAUUUUCUUCCUCAUGAGCCUUUAAGAAACACGUUCCGUAGCUAGUUAUGCAACAUUUUUCUGUGUUAUGCAGAAUGCCCCCUUUUGCCUUGUUAGCAUUAAUACAAAUGUCCUGAGAUGAUGAAGAUAAACAGGGGAGAGCAGAAUCACUCAAAUAGGCUGGUCCUGUUUGGCGAAAGACUUUUCCCAUCUUUUUGGAUUCCUAUCUAUCUUAAUUGAUUGGCUGCCAUUGACAGCGAUAGACGUUCAAUCGAUUUGGACAGGGUGGUCUCUCCCAGUUCAAAUGGAUUGGACAUCCAUCCGUCAAUGGUCCUGAAAUGUGAGUGGGUCACAUAUUUAGAGAACGAGAGGAUCCAUUUUCAAUGGCAGCCAAUGAGUUAAGUGUUUGUAUUGUUUCUGAAUCUGUUGCCAUUCUUGUAUUCACUUGGGUCUUCUGGCGUUAGUGUCUGUUGACAGCUAAGCUAAUGGAAGACUGGAUGAUUUGUAGGACUGCACCAAGAAGACUGGGGUUGUCUGGUAAUAGAGAACACUGGAAUUUAACAUGUUGCCUAGCAACAGUGUGCAGGGUUCCUGUCUUGCCCAGAGAUGGAGGGAUGAUUCUGUGAGAGGGUGCCUCACCUUUCAUUUGUAGCAUUAGACACAAGCCAUGGCCAAAGUGAAGCGGUCUGCUUUCAAAGAUAAA